AUGUGUAAUCGCGAAGCUGAUGCUGUAGAAGUUACAAAAACAGUACUUAUGGCAGUAGCAUAUCUUCACGCGAAUCAUAUCGUACAUCGUGAUCAUUUAUUAUUAGAUUUAAAACCAGAGAAUUUAUUAUAUAAGAAUCGAGCACCUGAUUCCGCUCUAGUACUGGGUAGAACUGCAAAAGUCAUGAAAGAUGACGAUGAUAUUCUAACUACUUAUUGUUGGUUACGUCGUGUGAGGUACUAUGCAAAUCAUGGACCGAUUUUUGGAGGUAGUUUUGAUUUAGACUUAUAUGGUACUAGUUUUAAUACUUCUAAUAAUAAUUAA